AUGCGCAGUUCCCUGUUGCUGAUCGAGACCACCGCAACACGGGUCAUAGGGGAAGGUCGCGACCAAUCGCGAGCGACGCAAGUCCCCGGGGGGCGGGGACUCGCCUAUAAAAGGCACAAACACGCGGCGCGUCGUGUCCGGCCACCGCGGGAGGGGAUUCGGGAGCGACCGGCGAGCCUCGCCGCUGGAUCCAGGGGAGAUGACUAUGUGGAAAAUGUCCACCGUCCCAACUGGAACAAAACUUUCGGUCAAAAUGAUACCUUUUUUGCGUAUUAUAACACAACUGAUAAAGAUUACUGGGGACGGAACAUUUGUAAUGCAUCGCACCCGGAGAUGAAUUUUACUCUAAGUGAAGAGCGAGUAGGACAGAUCCGGAGUGUUCAGGAGGGAAAUGUAAUCUUAGCUGGAAUUUUAGGCUUAAUGACAUGGAGGAAGCCGAGUACAAUUUUGGCUAACCUAUUUGUUCUGCUGUCUGUCAUCUGUGUUCUGCUGAACCUGGCUGGAUUUAUAUUAGGACGUCAAGGCAUUCAGUUUGUGUCCAGCGUGCCCAAAUGCGAUUUGGUGGAUAUAGAUGAAAACAAGACUUGUUUGUGCUGUGGAGACUUGGAUCUCGCUAAAUGCACAGAAGAAGAGGCUGCGCUGAAGCUAUACCACCUGAAGUCCUGCAGUGCUUCUCACCUUCUUCUCAAGAAAGUUCUCUUUGCUCUUUGUGCCCUGGAUGCUCUCACUGCCACCAUUUGCUUGGUAGCGGCUGCCCUGCAUUACUUACAGAUUUUUGCAACAAGAAGAUCUUGCAUAGGUGAAUCUCAGAUGGAAGACCAAGGUCACGUUUUUGAUCCUGAUGAUUUUGUCUUGCCUGCGCUGCCUCCCUCCUAUUUGGCAACUUCUUAUACUCAACAAACAAGUUGCAGGAUGCUUGGCUCUGAUGUGAUUCCAUUUCCCUGUGUUUACAGGGUGCAAAUAACAGAUGCUGAAGUUUUCUGCCCUCUGUACCCACCACCUCCUUACGAAACUGUGUGGAACCCGAAUAGUUCUGAGCAGGAAGAUCCACUACAAAGAAAUGUUGUGGAAGUUGUUGAUUCAGGGGAAGUGAGUGACAGGCAGGCAUCUCCAGGUGAAGAAAUUCCUGAGUCUUCCAGCAGAGUGAGCCUUUCACCUUCAAACGCAAGCCCUCUGCCUGCAGAAGGAGCAUGCAGGACAGCCUUCAAUCCUUUGAGGAAACGGUCUAAAAGUGACCCUGUGCUGCACAGCUGGUUGCUUCAAGGGGCAGGACUCAGCUGUGGAACUGCAAAGAAGACUGAAGUAAAACCACAACUCUGCGCAGUCACCUUGUGGAAGUGUUCGAGAGCAAGAGCUUUGAGGGGAAGACACCUGCCUUUGACAGACUACAAGUCUUGCACAGACACUAAACGGCCUGCAGCAUGGACCCGAGAGCCAUCCUCCUGCAGUGUGAGCCCCGACGUACACAAAUUAGUGGAAAAUAUCGAGUCUGUUUUAAAAUCAGAUGAGAAACAUAUGGCAGAAGCUAUGACCAGUGCCACCUUACCUGACCAGGUGAUGACACCUGCCCAGCAAGCCAUGUCAUCGAACGCCCAUUUGUUACCUUCCAGACAACAUCCUGGAUUGCUGCACCGGGAGACCUGUGGUGACCUGAGUACAUAGAUGAAGAUCAGCUAGCAGAGGAGGAUCCAGAGAGCAGGGCACAAACAGCCUCAUAGUCUCAUUGGCGUUGUCAGGGGAACUGUACUUUGA